UUUAAUGUCUCUUAACCCCGACGGAAUGAGAAGGCCAUGCUUUGGAAGAGGCUAUUUGUUGCCGAGCCGUCUUGGCACCUACUCAAGUGGAGCCCUAGUUGGAAGAAAUAGUCCAGACUCGUGGGGUGUCGAACUUUGGCGGGAGAGGAGUGGCCUAUGCUGGGUUCAAAAACUAGCCGUUGGGUCAUCGUCUCUUUCCUGAGAGAUGCCGCCACGAUGGGUUCUGCUUCAGCGGGUGAAGCCGUCCAUGCCCACAUGAUGAAGGUCGGCCUUCUGCAUGAAAUCACGUCCUCAAACCACCUCCUCAACAUGUAUGCCAGAUGCGGUCGAACGGAUGAUGCCCGAAAGGUGUUUGUUGAAAUGCCCGAAAGAAACAUUGUCUCGUGGUCCGCCAUGAUCGCGGGCCACGCACGUUGUGGCGAGCCUUGUUCUGCCUUAAACUGGGGCAAAGAGAUGCAUGUUGCGGGUGUUACACCGACACAGUUUGCCCUUGCGAGCCUUGGACAGGCGUGUUCGGACCUCAGGGAUGUUGCCCGAGGCAAGCAGAUCCACGCCCAGGCCAUAAUCUCUGGCUUCUAUUUGGACAAUUUUGUGAAAACAGCACUGGUCAACAUGUAUUCCAAAUGCAAAGACAUAGACAACACCUUGUCUAUUUUUGAAAGCUUUGAGAUUCGUGAUUUAGUUCUUUAUAAUGCAAUGAUUGCAGGCUUCCUGAGCUGCGGUCUCAAGGUUGAGGCUAUACAUCUCCUCAAAGAAGUAAAAUUUCUGAAUUUGGAGCCAAACGAAUCUACCUUUGUCAGUGUUAUUGGAGCAUGCUCUACAGAAAUCGGGAUCAGAGUGGGUGAGCAAAUUCAUGCAUGUACAGUGAGGUGUGGACUUGAUACCAAUGAUUAUGUUGGAACUGCACUAGUUGACAUGUAUUCAAGAUAUUCUGAUAUGGAAUCUGCUCUAAUGGUUUUCAAUGGAGUCAUUUUGAAAGACGCUGCUCUGUGGAAUGCAAUGAUUGUUAGAUGCAUUGAGAAUGACAUCCCCGAGAAUGCAUUGGGUUUUUUUAUUGAAAUGAAAUCUAGUGGGUGCUUUCCUGAUCAGUCUACCUUUGGAAGUGUCCUUCGCGCUUGUGGCACCUUGAACCUUCUCAGACAUGGGAAAAUUGUUCAUACUCUUGUCAAGAAGUCAGAGUUUUGCAUGGAUGUAAUAGCCAACACUGCACUGAUUGAUAUGUACAUGAAAUGUGGUGCUACUGAAUUGAGUCUUAAGGUCUUUAAUGAAAUAGGUGAGAGGAAGAACACCAUCUCCUUUAAUUCUAUGAUUCAUGGAUAUGCUCAGAAUGGAAAAUUUGAGGAGGCAAUGGGUAUUUUCUCAGUGAUGCGUCACCAAGGUAGAGAAUUUGAUCAGGGAAGUUUCGUAGCUGCAUUAGGUGCAUGUAAUGGAAGGGCAUAUCUUAUGCAUACAAGAGUGAUUUAUUCUCAGGUAAUCAAGCUUGGCUAUGAGGGGGAUUUAGUGGUGCAGAAUGCUCUGUUGAAUGCUUUGGUCAAAGGAGUGGAGAUUGAUGAAGCACACAUGGUGUUUGAAGGGAUUCCAGAAAAGAAUUUGGUUUCAUGGACAACAAUGGUUGCUGGGUUUUCACAAUUGGGUCUUGGUAUGGAAGCACUUGGACUCUUUCGGAGUAUGCAAAUUGCUGGCCUACAUCCAAACAAUUUCACUUGUACCAGUAUUUUAAGGGCUUGCGCAAGCAUAUCUGCCUUGGAACAAGGGCAGAGCAUUCAUGGAUACAUGAUUAAACAUGGUAUUGAAGAAGAAGAUUUUAUCUAUAAUGCUCUUGUGGACAUGUAUGCAAAAUGUGGGGCACUAAAUGAUAGCUAUAAGCUGUUCAACAACAUGCUGAAACCUGACAUUGCCACUUGGAAUUCCAUUGUGUGUGGAUGUGCUCAUAAUGGCUAUGCUAAGGAGGCAUUGGAGCUAUUAGAAAAGAUGCAUCAAAGUGGUACCAAGUUGAAUAAUAUUACAUUCAUAUGCAUACUAUCAGCAUGUAGCCACUCUGGUUUUAUAGAUCAAGGUGUGAACAUAUUUGAGAGUAUGGCUAGUAAAUUUGGUGUCCUGCCAUCCAUGGAUCACUAUGCUUGCAUGGUUGACAUGUUUGGUAGAGCUGGAAUGCUGGAUAGAGCAAAAGAUUUAAUUGAUGGCAUGCCGUUUGAAGCUAAUGCUUUUAUAUGGAAAACAUUUUUGAGUUGUUGCAAGCUUCAUGGGCAUCUAGAAUUUGCAGAACGUGCAAGGGAACAUAUCUUGAGAUUGGAACCUGAAGAUAGUUCUAUGUUUGUUGCCAUGUCUAAUCUGUAUAGUGGAGUUGGGGAAUGGCAAAAUGUGCAGAAGUUAAGGAACAAAAUGAAGGAGAGGAGGAUGAAGAAAGAGCCUGGCAUGAGUUGGUUGGAAACUAAGCAUGGUGGAUGACUGCUCAUCUGUCAUGGGAAUCACGGAUCUCUCUGUUAAGCUUAUGUUCAUGGCCAGGUGGAAUCAAAGGUUAUUCCCUUCUGUUUGAAGAUCAUCCUUUGGGUGGAGCCUGCCAGCCACUUUAUGUUAAGGAUGCCCGUACAUAAUUGGAACCACUGGUUUCUCUGUUUACCACAUAUUCUUUGCCUAAACCCUGCGUGGAUGAUAAUUUUUUGGAUAGUCUGUAGAGGACUAUUCCAUUCCAUGGCAAGAUCGUGACAUAGUUGGAUCCAUCAGCCAUUUAGGUUCCUCUGUUAUCUAUCUUAACCUGAUGGUAGGUUUGAUCCUUCUACUUCAACUGAAACGAGAAGUAGUGCUCCCUUGGAGUGCUUGUUGUCUGGGGGGCAGGUUUCAGGAAGUGAAUGGUCCUUUCAUAUCUCAAUGAAGUGGUAGUAUGGGCUUCUGAGUAAUCAAUUGUUUUGUGCAUUCGGUUCCCAUUAUUACUGUCCUUCCCCUUUUAGUGAAUGGAAAGACCAACCGGUUGCAGGAAGGCUUAUUAUAGUAGUCAUUCCUUAGUGACCUUUCACGUCAAUUCUUAAGCUGGUGGUUUUGUUCUGGAGUUGAGACAUUCAUAUCUCAGAAGUGCCUUCCAUGUUAGUUUUUGGUACUAAAUUAUGAAAGUUGGAGAUUCCUGCUGCUUAGUUUAUUAAAUUUGAGGACCCUUGUGCAGGCAUUGUUUUGUGCAAUCAAGACCAAGAAAUGCUCGAAAAUCCCUUAAAUGGGUUGUCUAACACAGUUUUGGUGUAAGUAUCAAUGUUGAGCAAGGUAGAGGCUUGUGGAGUCUGGUGUUGCCGACACUUCACAUGUCAGGAUUUUGUUGGUAUAGAGAAAGUGGGUCAACGAUUUCAGCAAAGAAGUUGCUGAAGUCUUUAUUUUAUUGACCAAUUUGAAUUGAAUAAGGAGGUCGUUGCUCCAUAUAUAUUUCUGAAGGUUCCGAAAUAACUGAAGUGGUUGAAUGUGUCCAUAGAAUUAGAACAUCAAUGAACAUGUAGCGAUCAAAUCAGCAUGCCUGAACAUCGUGUCUGCCUUAGUUUUGACAGGUUUGAAUCAUGAGCCUCAUGCUUUCGGCCAAUAAAGCUUGUGAUCCCUUUUUUUCAUAAGCUCUUUUCCCUUCCCCAUGAUUGUAGCUUGCGUCUAUACACAGCCUAAUCUUUUGAUGUGUAACUGCAGCACGCAUGGACACAUUAGUCCAGAGAAUGAAAAUUUCAACUAGUUGUAAAUUUCUGGUAAGUUCUAGUAAAUUGUAAAAAUCUUUCAAUAGAAAGGAUUUUUGAUGAUUAAAGUAUUGAAAAGUUAUAAAAUUUGCUUUGUAUCUGGUUUUAGAAAAAACC